UGGAUGGGUUUCCUUCCUUCCUCUUAAUAACUGGGAUUGGAGAGAUGACUCAUCAGUCAUCUCCUUGAUAAAAACACAACCAACCAUCCAUCAAUAAUUAACCUCCAGUGUCCAAAGCUUGGAAUCCCCGCUUCCCUCUGCUUUUAUUUAAUUUCAUCUCUUACCCCCAUUCCCCAUUUGACCAAUCCCCCUCUCUCUCUUUUAACUUUCCCACCCACCGCUCUCUCCUUCCCCAUCCCAUCUCUCUCUCUCUCUCUCUCUCUGUCCCUCUCUCUCUCUGAGAUAUACAUGCAAUAAGAUCGAUCAUCAGAAUGGGUGGGAAUGGAUAUAAUCAUCAAAGCUUCCAUCAGAGAAACAGUAGCUUCUUGCCAAUACUGUGUUCAAGGCCUUCUAUCAAAGACGUCCAACUCCCCAGGUGGCGCCACCACCGCUCCGCCUCCUUCUCCGACGACCCUUCUUCCCCCAGAGUCAGCUGCAUAGGUCAGGUCAAGCGCACCAACCGAGUCAUCGCCUUCCCAACUCCCUGCCGAUUCACGGCCGCCAAACCCGCCCCCGCCACCAACCUCAAGUACCACAAACUCAGACGACUCUUUUCCGGAAAAGGCCUCGCCGCCCCCCCCUCCAUCAACCAUUCCAGCGGAAAAAAUGCGACGGCGAACAGCGCAAGGAGGGUCAAGUUAAACGACAGUCAUAAUAAUUAUAAUACCAGUGAUGGCGGUGAUCGUGUUGAUUACGCGGCGGCGGCGGCGGCGGAAGUGAACAUCGCGGAGUUGGAUCCGCCGUUGCCGGUGGUGAAGAGGGCUGCAGAUGGGCGGCGGGAAGAGGUGAAUCUGUGGAAGAGGAGAUCUGGUGGAGUUGCAUUGAAGGUACAGCUUCAGCCAGUUCAUCAUACGUCUAACAACCCCCAUUGUUUAGUUCAACCAACCACUGUUUGAAUUUAUAUGGUUCUGAGUGAUCAGAACUGAGCCUCCAAUUUGAGGCAUCCAUUCGUCAACUUUACCACUGCCAUUAAAGAAAAGCUCUGUAAAUGCCUGAUUCUGAAUCCCCUUUCUUCUCCCAAUUCUGUCU